UCUGUAUUCUCUAGUUUUCCACUAUAGUGACGAGAAUGAUUAAUAAUCUUGAUGAUCUUCCAACCUCAGCCUCUAGCUCUAUGUCUUUUGACAAGAAAUAUGAUGUUUUCAUUAGUUUUAGAGGAGAAGACACUCGCUGUAAUUUCACUAGUCAUCUCAAUAAUGCACUCAAGAAGAGUGGAAUUGAUACCUACGUUGAUGAUAGACUUGAUAGAGGAAAGGAGAUCUCCAAGGCUCUUAUGAAUGCCAUCGAUCAAUCAAAGUUCUGUGUGAUUGUCUUCUCUCGCAACUAUGCAACUUCGAGUUGGUGUUUGGAUGAGUUGGUGCAUAUUUGCAAAUGCAUAGAAAAGAAGACUCUCAUUGCUCUACCUGUUUUUUACUAUGUCGAUCCAUCUGAUGUGCGAAGACAAAAGGGAAGUUAUGAAGCUGCGUUUCAGAAAAAUGAAGGAAGUUUUAGUGAAAAUAAGAUAAAAGAAUGGAGGGAUGCUCUAACUACAGUAGCUAAUCAUUCUGGAUGGAGCAACUCCAAGACCAGGAACGAUGCUGAGUUAGUUGAUAAAAUUGUCAAUUUUAUACAAGAGAAAAUGGAUGAGGCCUCUUCGGCAGAGCAAGAGUUAGUUGGAAUGGAGGAAGCCAUUUUAGAUCUCAGCAAGUUGUUAUCCAAUUCCAAUGUAACUAAACUACAUACAAGAGCCAUGGCUGUAGAGUUGUUGGUUGCCCCUGUUGUCUCUCUUUCCAUUGAUGUUUUGAUGAAGAACAUCACCUCUGGUACAACGAGCUUUUUGAGGGGAAAGAUUGAUUCUUGUUUCGAUGGGCUUCUUGACAAUCUAGAGACUACGCUCCUCUCUCUUGCUCAAGUGCUCGUGGACGCGGAGCAGAAGUAGAUAAAAAACACCAGAGUUGAGGAGUGGCUAGGCAAGGUUGAAGAUGCUGUGGAAGAUGCAGAGCAUCUCUUUGAGGAAAUUGAGUAUGAUGCUCUGAACUUCAAGAUGGAAAUGGAGUCAGAACCAAACAAGUCCAAGGUAAGUAAAUUCUUCUCCAUUUUCAAAUCGACUGUUCAGAGAAGAAAGACAGAAAUGGAGAAGAUUCUAGAUCGGUUGGUUACUUUUGAAAAACAAAGGUACAGACUUGAUCUGCGAGGAGAUGUUGAGAAGAUCCAAUCACUUAGACCACCUUCAAUAUCUUCCAUAGAUCAUUCUGAGUUUUUCGGUAGAGAUGCUGAAAAAGAAUCUUUGAAAAGGAUGCUACUGUCAGAUGUUAAGGUGGAUAGUAAGAAUAUAUGCGUGAUUCCAAUUGUGGGCUUGGGUGGGAUCGAUAAAACUACUCUUGCUCAAGCUGUUUAUAAUGAUAAUGAUGUUAACGAGCAUUUUGAACUCAAGGCAUGGGUUUGUGUCUCAGAUGAAUUUGAUGUUAUUAAGGUAACAAAAACUAUCUACGAAGCAGUUUCUAGAAAUGGUUGUACUAAUGGGGACUUGAAUGUGCUACAAGAGAAGAUACAAAAUAUUUUGAACAAAAAGAAGUUCUUAAUAGUUUUGGAUGACAUCUGGAAUGAAGAGUACAACUUUUGGGAUACAAUAAGGGUGCUUUUCAAAGUUGGGGCACAAUGUAGCAAGAUAAUUGUCACAACAAGAAGUGAUUUAGUUGCAUCAAUUGUGGGAACGACUGGAUCUCGCCAUCUUGAUGUGUUAAAAAAAGAAGCUUGUUUUAAGUUAUUUGUGAAGAUUGUAUCUGGCAAUGAAGGAUUCACUACAACAGAUUCAAACUUGGGAAGAAUUGGCAAAGAACUUGUUAAGAAAUGCAAAGGAUUGCCCUUAGCUGUGAAGGCAAUUGCAAGUCUCUUGCGCUUUACAAAUGUUAAGGAAUGGAAAAGAAUAGCGGAGAGUGAUAUUCUGAAGUUAUCAGUUGGGGGGAAAGAUAUUCUUCCGACUUUGAGAUUAAGUUACCAUUAUUUGCCAUCACACUUAAAACGAUGCUUUGUUUAUUGUUCUAUGUUUCCUAAAGACUACAGAUUCAGAAAGGAGGAGUUGGUCCCAUUAUGGAUGGUAGACAAUUUAUUGGAGUAUUCAAGUGGAAAUAGGGCUAUGAAAGAAGUGGGAUUUGAGUACUUUGAUGAUUUAGUGUCUCGAUCAUUUUUCCAACCUGCAAGUGAAUACGAAAGUCGCGAUUCUUUUGUAAUGCAUGAUCUUAUGGUUGAUUUGGCUAAUUUUGUAUCUAAAAAUAAAUUUGUUUGCGUGGAGGAAGACAAGACGUAUGACAUUGGAAUGAUGAGGCAAGUACGGCACGUUUCAUCUAAUCAAGUCGACAGCAAUGUGUGCAAAUUAAUUUCUGAAGCAACUUGGUUGCGUACAUUUUUGCUAGUUACUAAAUAUUACUUCCAUUCGAAUACAUUUCUGCCAGUUCUAGUGAGGCAUUUGAGAUUUAUAUCUUUGGCAGGUUAUACGCAUUUGAGAGAAUUGCCCGAGUCUGUAGGUGAAUUAAGACAUCUUCGCCACUUGAAUCUUUCCUGGACUUCAAUCCAAGAGUUGCAUGGAUCUAUCUGUUUACUGUACAAUUUACAGACACUAAACUUAACUGGAUGUAAGCAUCUCUCCAAGUUGCCUGAAAAUUUCCAUCGUCUCAUUAAUUUGAGAUAUCUCGACAUGAGCUUCUGUAAGUUUUGUACCUUGCCACCACUUGGACAAUUACCCGCUCUCUCAACUCUUUCGAUUGAAUCAUGUGGUGAAGUAGAAUUGCUGGGUGUUGAUUUUUAUGGGACCAGUUCUUCCAAAUCAUUUCCAUUGUUGGAAUCCUUGACAUUCAAAAACUUGUCGAAUUGGAAGGAAUGGUCACCGCCGAAAGCAAACAUGGAAACAUUUCCAAAGCUAACAUCACUUACCAUACACCGGUGUGAGAAACUGAUAGGAGAUUUGCCUCACCUCCUGCCAUCUUUAACAAAGCUUGAUAUUUAUGAUUGUCCGGAGCUUGCUUCUUCACUCUCAGUGAUGCCAGCUGCCACUAGUGUAUAUGUCAGGCAAUGUGCAAAGAUUGCAGGAUUCAAUUUAUGCAGUAGUCUUCAAAAUUUUGAUGAUUUGGAAGACCUAUAUCUCAUGAAUUGCAACAAUGUGGACUUUUUACCGCCCUCUAGUUAUGAAUCCCUUCAGAAACUUUAUGUUCACAAUAUUUCUAGCUCCUUCAAACUGCUUCCUCUAGAUUCCUUUCCCAACACUAAGAAUGUCACAGUUUGGAAGUGUGAAAAUCUAGAAGCUUUCUCACUAUUAAAUAUCCUUAACUCUUAUCUACUCUCUCCAUCUUACAAUGUCCGAAAUUCACAUUAUUACCUGAGAGUAAUCUUCAUUGUCCAAUUCUUACUCGACUCCUCUUCUAUUUCUGCAACAAAUUAAAAUUUUUGCCUGAAAAACUGCCUUGUCUCCUCCCUUCUUUACGACAGCUAUCGAUUUAUGGUUGUCCAGAGUUGAAAUCAUUUCCUAGAUGUGGGUUGCCUUUCAGUUUGCGUGAGCUCACCAUUCAAAACUGUAACAAGUUGAUUGCUUCACGAAAGAAUUGGAAUUUACAAGCACUUCCUAAUCUGACAAGCUUUUGUAUUGGAGAUUAUAAUCGUAAAGAUAUGGAGUCCUUUCUGGAGCAAGGUUUCCUUCCGACUAGCCUUACCUCGCUUAAAAUCACUCAUGUUGCUUUUCUUAAAACCUUAGACGAGAAAGGGUUUCAAGAACUCAAAUCCUUGAAAGACCUAAUCAUCCAUGAGUGCCCUUUGCUGGAACAAAAGUAUGAGUGGCAGACAGAUGG